CUUCCAUAAGAGCAGAACCAAGCAUUUGGUCUGGCUUUGAAGAAACGUUUUCUGAAGCACUUGGCUAUAUAUGAUACUGAUAUUGCUUUAAUUGGCCAGACAAAUUGGACAUUUAGAAAAAAAAAAUCUGCCAAAGCUCGGAAAUCACUGUCUUCAAUAAAAAAUUAAAUUUUAACACUCAUGAUUAUUAAUAAACUCCUAACUUAAUUAAAUUAAGCAGCGCGGAAUUUCUAUAAAAAUAACUAAUAAAAACACUGGUCUUAACGGUGAAGCCCUUAAACUGCAAUUAUUGCUGGCAACUUCGCUCAAAACAACAACACACAAACUUUGCGAGCUGCAACGAAACCCCAAACAGACAAUGCGUGGAAGCGCAGUGUUUACAAAAAUGCUUGCCACAACAACAGCAACAGGCAUGCUAGUACAUACAAAUACAGGUACACAAAUACACACAUACAUACAUACUCGAGCGCACACACACACACACUUACAAGUGGUGAAUGUAUGCAAAUAACACACCCACUUACCACACCUUAAACAACAAGAAAAACAUAGCCGAAACCAACAACAACUGCUUGCAACAGCAGUGGCAGCAAUGAAGGCAACAGCAGCAACAACAACAAAACAAAGGCGAUGCACAAAAGAGGCAAUAAUGACAGAGCAACAGCAGCAGCUGCUGGCGAAGGCCAUCGCCACCGCCCCUAUCAGUGUUAUCAGCUUAUUUCAUACAACAACAAAAACAACAACAGCAAAAAGUAGUUCUGGAAGGCUACAGAGCUUACGCUCAAAUGGCAUGCAACACGUGACAGCGUAAGCAGUGAGCAAAUUGAGUGCGAGAGCCAACAAUUGAGUGAGAGUGUCAGCACUUGAGUGCGUGAGCGGUCGGCGAGUGACGACAGCAUUGCCAGCUGUCAGCGUUAAACAACAAAAACAAGCAGCGAUUAGUUGUAAUGGAACGCAGAGAGCGGCAUUUAGCCUCGCGCUCACGGAACACAAGCGCUCACUUGAGACCGCCACUAAUGAGUGCUCACUCAUUUCCCAUUCAACGUGUUGCUUCCUAAAAGUAUGCUUUGAAAAAAAUAUAUAUUUCAAAAAAACGAAGUCACACGAACGGCACGCGACGAGCGCGCUGAUAAGAAGUGUAAGCACGAAGCAGUGGCCGCGACGGUGGCGACAUCAAGGGCAGCAAAGCUCGUACGAGAGGGCGAACUUGAAACGAACGAGUGGCACGCGAAACGCCAGCAGUUAUGCGAACACAACAGAUGCUGAUUACUGUUGCUGCACUGCUCGACGCCGCUGCGAGGACCACUUUCUUAAAGCUGCUGGCAGCUGGCAGCGCGCCUAGUAAAUUGAGCAUUGGCCAAGCCGCAAUGUAAAGUGCGGCAGAGCAGAGCAGCUGAAGACUUGACUGGACCAACGAGGAUUCAGUUUAUAAUUUCCCACGCAACGGUGUAGUUGAUAGCGCUUCCGAGCUGAAGCUGAAGCAAAAGCUUAGUGGACUUAUAUACAACAUUACCACACACACACACUCAAACCAAGUACAAUAGUUAUCAAAUCAAAAUAAGCUGAGAUGAGCAACAACAACAAAACUAUUUUGUAAGACUAAAGCAGCUAACGGAAAGCAACUCGUGCACAAAGUACUGAAAUUUCGAAGUAAAGAGAUGACAUGUAACGGUCUAAUAUUUUUUGCGGAUUUUGUGAUUUUUAGUUAAAUAAAAAAACGGUGAAAUAAAAUAACGGAAAUAUUGAAAGUGAUAUCUGAAUAAGUGCAGUUUUGAGAGGACGGUCGAAACUUUAUUUUAAAAUUAUUAAAAACAACUUUUUAAAAUAUAAAAAAAAAAACAACAUUGUCGAAUUAUGAAGUAAAGAGCAAACGAAAAUUUUCAAAAACGCUACUUUUGGAAAUAUUUGUUGAAAAAACGUUGCUUCAAACUCAAAGUGGCUAACAGGCUGCAUUAAAGAAAAAAUUUAAAGAAGCUAGAAGUGAAUUUGGAAAAAAAAAAUCUGCAGAAAAGUAUUCAAAAAAUACAUUUUAAAAAAAUACCGAACAAAUACUAAAAAAAAAAUACUAAAAUAAAAAAAUUAUUAUAAAAAAUGAUAAAAACAAAAAUUUUUUAAUCAAAAAAGUCUUCGAAAACGACAAAAUUUUCAAAUUUCACCAAUUUUGAGAUUAAAAAGUUAUUAUCAAUAGAAGCAUAACAUAAACAAUUUUCAAAAAAAAUUUCGAAAAUAAAAAUAUUUUGAGCCUUAAAAUCAUUGCCAAAAACACCACAAAUACAGACAAAACGGUUUCCAAUUCCACUAAAUUUGAGUUUAAAAAAUAAUUACAAAUGAAAGCACAACAUAAGUUAACAAAAGUUUUCAAAAUUUUUCAAAAAAAUUUCGAAAAUAAAAAAAUCAGAAAUUUAAAAUUGUCACCAAAAAACUGGGACUAAAGUGACGAAAACCCUGCAAAUAUCACGAAAUAUGAUAUUAAAAUUUAAUUACUUAUAAAAGCUCAACUUAAAAAGUUAAAACAAAAAAAUUAAAAAUUUUCGAAAAUAAAAAAAAUCCGAACUUAAAAAGUCUCUAUAAAAAAAUUGGACAAAUAGUGACUAAAACACUGAAAAUUUCACUGAAUAUGAGAAUAAAAAUAAUUACUUGCAAAAGCACAACAUUUAAAAAAGUUUUAAAAAUUUCGAAAAUAAAAAAAUUCGGAACUUAAAAAUUGUCACCAAAAAAUUUGAUUUUAAUUAUUUGUAAUAUACCAUUUUCGAAAAAAACCUUUUGAAAAAAAUUUUCAAAUCUUCAAUUUAAAAUCCCAAAUAAUCAACCCUCCAACCAAAAAAUGUCACACCCUUCAAAUUCGAAAACAAACCGCGAGAAAAUUUGCUUCAAAACUGCUUCAAGUGAAUGCAACUCAUUGCUGUUGCAUUCGCGCCGUUUAAUGCCAUUGUGAAGUGGGCGCGGUACACGCACACAAACACACCGACACAACACGCACUUUCAAAAGCACAAACACUGUUGUAAAUACCGUUACACCGUAUUCGACUCGUUACACCACAUUCGGCCACUAACUCGCACGACCUAUAAAGUGCUGCAAUAUUGUUAGAGCGGCCAACAACUACACCUCAACCCCUCUGCAGGCCCUUCUAACCACCCGCAGCCAUUAAAAUAUAUACAAGUGUGGCAGCAACACCUGCAACACCAUGUUAAGGGCAGACCUCAACUGUCCUGCUUAUCGUUGUAAACGUCAGCGGCGUCGCUGCUGUCCGCCAUAAAUCGUCAUAUUCGGUACACGAUUCCAUUUCCGACGUCUACACACGACGUCCGAAGUUGGUAAUCGGAAGUUGGUCGGCGCUGCUCUUCGCCAGCACGCUGAUCUUACUUGCAACACUUGUGGCAGGCAGCACACACCUUAUUGGCCGCCACACAUAUGAGCGCGCUCACCUCUUCUACCACCCCCCACCCCCACCCCAACUGGCGAAGUGGUGUCGUAUGUAAAUGGACUAACAGUAGCGUUAGUUAGGCAACUUGCUAGCGCAUCAUGCUCCAGCGAGCAGUCGAGGCUCAACAGCUGUGGCAGCUGGGCAGCGGUGAUCAGAACGGUUUUUCAUUCAUUUGCUACAACACUUACUAUCGCAGUGGCACACCACACCCUCUUUUCGCAUAAUCUCUAAAAAGGCUAACUGUCUGCUAUCAUAACAACAAAAUUAAAAUAAUAUUUAAAUAAAUUAUAAAAAAAAAGUUGAACUAAUAAAAUAAAUUAAAAAAAAAAAAUUAAUUAAGUCAUAAAUUAAGAAAAAAAAUUAAUUAAUUAAAAAAUUAAAAAAAUAAUAAUUUAAAAAAAAAGUGCAAAAUUUAGUAUUGUAGCUUAUAAAACAAAAAAAAAUUAAAUUAAACUACAGUCUAUCUGUUAGCAAAUCUAACCUCAUUUUCAUUUGUUAUUCAUGCCAAAAAUUCAUUAAAAAUUCUGAAAACUUAAUAAUAAUGACUUAAGCACUUUUUGUAAAUAAUGCAAACUGACAAGUAAACGGUUUCUUUAAAGCAUGUAAGCACAAAGUAUUUUUUAUAAGUGAAAAAGUGGCCAAAUGUGAAGUGGAAAAUAAAAAAGUGUAAAUAAUUAACGAAAUAAAAUUAAAAAAAAAUCAAAUAAAAAAAAAUAAAAAAUUAAAAAAAAUAAAAAAUCAAAAACCAAAUCAAAUAAAAUACAAAAGAAAAAUUUACAACUACUUUACAAAAUAUAAUUAAGGCGUAAUUUAAUUAUAAUAAACCUAUUGUUUGAAAAACUUUGAGAGGCAUCAGCGGCAGAAGAACCAGAAGCGUCUUAAAAACACAAAAGCUUCCAAAACAAAAUCAAAAAACAACAACAACAAGCAACACUCAGUUAACAACUUGCAAAACAUAAUCAAAAGUAAACCAAAAAUUAAGCAAAUCAAACAAUCAAAAAACAAACGAAAGCAAAGCCAACUUAAGAACAACAACAAACACAACGCUUUGCCGCCAAGAAGUUGCACAAACCGAAAAACCCGAAAUCAACUUGCAAUUAACACUUUCGAGUGCAACUGCACCCGCACAAGCUAAGCAGCUGUGUGUGUGAAACCAAAAAUUAAAUAAACGCCAACAACAACAACAAAGUGAAUGUGCAGAAAAAACGUGUGAAAGUGAGAAAGCGAAUUACUGACUUGCUAAACGCAAAAGCCACCAAAGCAACCAAAGCAGCGGCGAACUAAAUGCAAAUGCACCAACACACACACACACGCAAACAAGCAGGCAAAUAACGACAGACGCAACGAACGGUACGUGGGUGUGUGUGUGGGCGUGUAAGUGCGCGUCUGUUUGUCUUUUGCAUAAAAGUGGCGAAAGUGCACAUAACGGUAGAUGUAGGUUGCAGCAAACUAGCACAGCAGCUGGCCGAGACGCCGAGGCAUAAAGGCACAGUUGAGACAAGAGCGCCGACGCUUGGGCGCCAUGUUGCUGCCACCGCCAUCGCCGCCACCACCAGCAACGCCACGAUUUUGUUAUUCAUUGCAACUUGUGAUUACUGUUUUUAUUUAAAAGCGAAAUGGUUAUGUUGAUGCAACAAAUACAACACAACUUGCACCAAGUGAUAAAUGCAAAGUCUAAUAAAAAGAGAUAGCACACUUACUCAUAAAUUUACAUACAAAACAAUGCUUUAAGAAGUGUAUGACACGAAUGUAAGAAAGCGUAAAUUAACACCAAAUAAACAGAGAAGAAAACAAAAAAAAAAGAACAAGAAACAUAUUAAUCAAAAUAAAUUUAAAUAAUAAAAAAUGUAACUAUGACACAGAGCUAAAUGAGUACGAGCUUGUAAAUGCACGAAAUUAAACAAAAAAUAUUUAAAAAAAAUUGCACUCAAAAAAAUGAACUUUCAAAAGCAACUCAACACCAAGUAGGCAACACAACAACAAAGCUGCUUGGAAAAGUGAGCGUUACAAUAAGCAAACGAAGAAGAAGCGGAAACUGAUAAGCAAUUGUGAAACAAAAGCAACUCAACUCAACUGAGCUCACCUCAACUGAGCUCAACCGAACUCAGCUCAACUCAACUCAUUACAAAUAAAACACUCAGGCGUUCGUGAGCAACAAUUAUUUACACGCUGGCCACAUAACUCACACGCUCACAAAUGUACUGCGCGCACAAUCGGUAACAACAACAACAACAAAAAAGCAUAAGAAGAAAAACAAAAACAACUCCAAUGUAGUGUGUAGCCGCUCUCAAACACUCAUGCCAGCCAGCACGCACGCUCACAUCGUAUUUUACAUAUAGAUAGAGACUCACGCAUAAGCGCUUCCAAUAGAAAAGUAAAAACAAAGAAAAAAAGUAAAAAAAACAGUAACAAUAAAAACAACACUAGAAAGGCUUGAGUACUUAUUUUGAGUAGAAAUAUAUUUUGCAAAAUUUAGUUGUCGCUCGUUCGCUCGCUCACACGCUCACACGCUUGCUUGCUCAUACACUCCAAUACAGUUAUAUGUGCGCUACAAACGCUUGAACGCUUCCAAAACCGAAACCAAAAGCAAAACCAAAACUAGAAACAAAUCAAAACAUAAAUUGUAAAGUGUGUCUGAGGAUUGCGUAGGCCUUUUUUUUUACUUUUAACGCUCAUAACGUAAUGUAAUUGUAUGCAAGUUGCUCGUAACGUAAACGCACCCAAGCAAUAAACCCAGCUAGCUAGCAAAGACACCUACCACCAAUAACACCACCAUCAUAAUUAUCACUAUAAAUAGAGCACCUAACCGUUUGAUAAAUAUAUAUAUAUAUUUUACCACCAAAACCACCAACAACACCAAUUUUGCUUAUAAAGUCCAGUCCUUCACCAAAUCAGCACCACAACAACCAAAACCACCACCACCACCACCAAAACCACAACCUCCAGCCAAUCACCAGCCUUUUGUAAAUCACCAGUAAAGCAAGUGUACGCAAAAUUACCGUCACACCAACGCACUUUAAGUGUCACCGUAAACGUAAGCGUAAACGUAUACGUAGUUAUCAACGUUAUCAUAAACGUAAGCGUAAAAGUAAAAGUAAGAGUAAGAGUAAUAAGCAUAACAGCUAACGCCUUGUACAUCAACGUCAUCGUAGACGUAAACGUAAACGUAAACGUAACAUUUGUUGUAUUUGUACACCGUAAUUGUAAUUGUAACCCUUCCCGCCCGCCAAAUCCCACACCAGCACCACAAUUGCACAUUACUAUAAUAAUAGGCACCCCUACUACCACUAUUACUACCGUAUGGAGCGCGGCGCCAGCGGUAGUAGUCACCAUCAUCAACAUGCUGCCGCCGCCUCCACCGCUGCUGCUGGCCACAGUUACAUGACCCACCACGGCGCCGCCAUCCCUGCUGACCUUGAUUACGAGUACAAUACGCCGGGCAAGUCGUCCUUUGACAAUCCCGCCACCAAGAAAAAGCCACCCAAACUGAAAGCCAUCAGUCGUUCGCUAUCGAUGGCCAUCGACAAUUAUGCGCCACCUAUGGGUGGUGGCGGUGGUGGUGGCACCGGCUCACCACCCACAAUGAUGCUGGAUGACACGAUGAUUGUCGAACAACCACUAAUACAUCGUUCCGCCUCACCGCUGCCGUUGCGUUCGGCGCCGCCACAAACGUUGGCGAUACCGACGCAUCAAAUGCAUGGCGAUGGUAGUCGCGUCGUCUCGCCCGCGCUGUCGGCGCGUCAGCAACAUCACCAGCAACAGCAACAACACAGCCUACAUACGUUUCAAAAUAUGGUGGCGCAUGCGCGACAUCAACAACAACAACAACAGCAGCAGCAGCAACACCAACAUCAUUCGAGUUCGACUAGCUCGCCGACAUCGCAUGCGGUUAGCCCGUUGCCGGUGCGCGUACCAUUGGCACAUCAGCCGGACAUCUACUUGGUCAGCAGCAGUAGUCUGGGCGAAGAUGUGGGCGCGCUCGGUGGUGGUAUACGUGGCGGCAGCAGUUCGCCAAUACAAUUCAUCGAUGACUAUAUGCUGCCGCCGUCGUCGUCGUCUCAUCGACAUACGGUCAGCGCUACGCACCCGCUUAAAAAGAAUAUGUUUCGACGCUCAGACACAAUUGACGUACAUCCGGCUUCCACUUUUCAGAUGAAGAAAACCCAUUCGUUUCACGCACAACAAGAUUCCGCCGCCACAAUGGAUCAGAUGCUGUUGUCCGCAGCAGCGGCAGCGUCGCAAGGCUCAUCGGCGUCCUCGAGUAGACGUACAAGUUCGGUGCGCGGCAAUUUUCUUAUGCCCGGACAUCCCAGCGGUGCUAGUGCCGGCAAAGAGUUGAGUCGUUCGCCAUCGCCUAGUCGCCGCGGUUGUCGUUCACAUCGUUCGUUCAACGAUCCCGGACGGCGACCCAGCAUCAAACCGGAGUCGGUUGUCGAAUCGCAAAUACGACAUCCAUCGCUCAAUGACGAACUUAUGGAAUCGCUGGAGGGUCGUACAGCCGCAUCGCUAUUUCCACAACAGAAUCUAUCAUUAGAAAACGAGCUCUUCGUCGAAUCACGUUCGCGCAGCAAUAGCAGCACAAAAAUGGAGGAUAUCGGCAUGGAAGUGGCAGCCGCACAACGCGCCGCAGCUGUUUUACUGGCGCGUAAGAGUUCGGGCUCCUUCGAAGAUGGCAGCGGCGCAGCAGUCAUGACACAUGGUGGCACGCACCCGCCCUCAGCGUCGUCGAGCAGCCUCAAGAAGCGCGGCGAACAUCCACAUACACGUCAGCAUAGCUCACAAAGCCUAGAAUUGGAUGCACGCCCAUCAACCUCCGCGGCAGCAGCAGCCGCAGCUGCAGUACAUGGUCACUCACCGCACGCGCUGCAACUGCAUAGCGCCGCUGCCGCAGCCACGGCCGCCUAUCACUUUAAACGCGGCGCACAACACGGACGCUCACUCUACCUAUCGCCAAACAACCUCGAAGAGCUGCAAGUACAUCAACGGCCCAGCGUACUUGCCGCAGCCGCCGCCUUUCAGGGCACCAACGCCAGCGCCAGCGUCAAACAGGCGAAAGCAUUGCAUAGCGCCAGCAUGCGUUUACGCACCUACCGCGAAACACUGAGCGCGACCAAGAAAUCGAAGAGUUUCAUUGGCGAUAGCGCCUACCCACCCACCGCUGUGACGGGCAACGAGUUUGAGCUCACAUCACCCCACCGACGCAACAGUCGUCCAUUGUCCAGUGCGGUCGGCGGCACGGUAGAGGACAUCAAGCGUAGUCCACGUCCGUUGGCGUUGACGCCAACCUCCGCUACGGCAGCCACCGCCUUUAUGGAGGAGAAACGUCCCUCAUUCGAACGUAAACCGUCGCUGACGUACGAACUCAGCGAUGCCGCCUUCGAACAAGUGCUACGUCCAUUCCAUCACAAAGUAGCAGGACGCAAGGCGUCGAUGAGUGGCGCUCAAGCGCACAAGGCGCUCAAGAAGAAGUCGCUCAGCGACGAAACGGACGAAGAUGAGGAGGCGCAUCGCAAGCGUAAACGUAUCGUUUGCAUUGUGAUGACAGUGUUUUUCUGCUUGGCGUGCGCCAGCGUACUCGUCGUGGUGUUGACGUUAACACACUCUUCCAGUCAUACGACACACCAUCCGGGACCGAGCAAGAAGAUACACUCAAUGUCGCGCGAGACACCAGUACAUUAUAACGUACGCCAAGAGAGUGAACGCCUACUCAAGGAGUCGUUGGAUCGUGCGCGCUCCAACAAAAAUGCCACGGAAGCAGCGGCGCAUUUAGCAUUACAACAAAUUCCAUAACACAACGGCGAUUCAGCGGAGCGUAGUAGAAAAUUCGAGUUUCCACCACAGCUGUUGCGACACCAGCAACCGCCAUUGCAGCAGACACAAGCGCAGCAACUGCAUCUACAACAACAAGAUGAACAGCAGCAGCUACAAAACGAUGGCGCAAUGCUCGGUUACGUGAACGGUGGACUCGUGCACUACUUGGCACGCUUCGCUGAAGAGAAGCCAAAAAUCGACGACGACAACCAAAACAAUGAAAUAGAAGAGGGCAGUAGUAGAGCUGCUGCUAAGAACGACAUAUACAGCGGUGCAGCAGCCGCUGCAGCAGCAACAACCACAUUUACGGCAGCAUCCACAUCGCUGGCGGCUUACGCGAAACGCGCACAAGCGACCUACGAGCCGGCUGACACAAAAGCGCUCGACGGCAAAGCGUUGGAGGCGCGAACAGUAGAGGACUUGCUAAUAACGAGGGGUGUAAGGAGACGCAGAGUUGCACCGAUGCAGAGUGCAACGUUGGAGGGUGCAGCAGGCACUAAAAAGCCGACCAGCAUGCAUGUGCCGCAAUCACCUGCCACACACCUUGCAACACAGCGGCAGCAGCAGCAGCAAGUGCAGCCAGAUGCGCCGCAGCAACAGGCGGCUUUGCCAGCACAGCUGUCAAUUUCAAUGUUCGCACAAAUUUUGUAGCAUCGCACAGCGUUAACGUGUGUCAGUCUAUCGGCUGGGCAGCGGUUUUGGUGCGCGGCUGUACUUUUGUUGCUGUCGCUUGCUUGGCGCAAAACAUGGACCAAGGCACAUCAAUUAACGAGUCACCUCUGUUGCAAGGUGUACGUAGUCGCCAACAACAAUAAUAACCACUGUCAUACGUGCAACAUCGUUGCAGUUAUGCAACGCGUUCAAUUGCUAAAGCUGUAAAUGGUACAAAACUACAAAGUCAAAGGAGCCUUGGACCCAAGGCACUUUUCAGCAGACUAAAUGGAAGCUUCCAUAUUUGACAGUCAAUCUGCGCAUCUGGCGACGAAAUUGUAAAAACUAUUAGAUAAGCGUUCGUGCACUGUUGUUAUUGUAUUGAUGGUUAGCGAAAAUCCCCGAUGUAAACGGGGUUUGCAUAUUAAAAAAACGAGUGUUUUAAAUAUACAUAAGCUUUUGGAAAAACGAGCUAAAGAUUUGACAUUUCGCGGCGAUUGAGUGGUAGUACUUUAAAAAUAUAAUAUAAUAUUUUUGUUUUUUUUAUAAAAUUUUUUUUAGGUAAAAAUCGAAUUAAGCCGGCAAUUUCGUUUGUUUUUGUCGAACAAAAACAGUGUUGGAGCCAUAAAAGAGUUCUUUCCAACCUUUGCUUUCGAAAAAUAUUAUCUUUAAGGCGAAAUUCCUGGUGCUUUGCUUAGAAAAAUAACUGUGUUGGCUAGAAAAAACUUUAAAAUUAUUUUAAUUUUGACAAAAAAAUUAAAUAAAUCGGCAUUUUCGUUUUUUGUACUUAGAUCAGCAACUGUGUUGGAGUUAUAAAAAAAAGCUUUCCGGACACCAAUAAUAGUACGUAAAUAAAAUUUGAUUACUUUCGAACAUUUUAUGUUUCUAUCGACGAAAAUCAACAAGCGAGCAAUGAAAUUGAGAAACCGUGUAUAAAAUUCUUAACCUAACUGAGAUUGGAAUGAUCGCACAAUAGGUCUUAGCCGAGGACUAAACGUAUUUCGCAAAUGAAAAAGUUUUUUUUUACAAAAAGAAAUAUCAAAAUAAAAACUUGUAGGUCGCACCAAUAGUGGGAUAACACCAAACAUUUUUUUUUAGUUUGAGGUUAAGUUCGACAAAUUACAAUUACGCUCUACCGCAAAGUUUAGGCAAAGGACAAAUCAAAAAAUUAAAACAUUCAAGGCAAAUUAUAAUAUUCUCAACUAAAACUUUCGAAAAACACUCACAUCAGCAGGUACAAUUUCAAAAACAUCACUUCAGCGGCAUACACAGUAAACGUAGCGGUAAAAUAUGCUGACGCGCAAAUGCUGUAAUGAUUUUUAUUUUCACUUUACUUUUACCAUCACUUGUCCGAUUAUUUUUUCUAUUAUUCACCAAGCACAAACUCUCUUCGUAUACCGUGCGCGUUUGUAAAUAUUGCAUAAUUAAUUGUAUGUGUAUAUUUCUUGUGAAUAUCACUCUCCCCAAAAGAAAUGGAAUGCCAUCAAUCAAACACCUGCAACCUCCAAGGAUCGCUACCCUCAACCGCCGCCUUAUGUCCCCGUAUGAGUACCUACCUGCAAUAAGAAGAUUGUGUUAUGAUAUUAGCAUUGUUAUUGUAAAUAGAUAUGAAAUAUAUAGUAUAAAUAAAUUAUAAAAUGCAAAUGUUUAAAGUUGAGCAUGGCAAUUUGCCUGAGAGCUAAUGCAAGCAGAUUGUUGUUUUUUUGGGCCAAACGAGCAAACUAUUACGUUUACCUACUCACUUGUAUGAGUAGGUAAAUAACUGAUUAUCAACAAUUAUGUAAAACAAGUUAGUAUCCUAAGUAGCAGUUUAUCUGCCGAAAAUUUUGUGUAUAAUUAUGUAACGUAAAAUUUGUAAUAUGUAUAAAAACAAAGGAAAAUCGAAUUUUUUAAGUGCUAAAGGUAGUUGAAAGCAGUAGUAUGAAAAUUAAAAAAAAAAUUAAUUAAAAAUAAUAAUUUAAAUAAAUAAAAUAACAAUAAUAAAAAAAUUAAAUAUAAUAAUAAAAAAAGGAAUUAAAAAUAAAAAUUAAAUAAAUAAAACUUAAUAAACACAAAAGUAACUAAUCGAUGAAAACACAGGGAAUAUGCUACGUAAAAUUCAAUAAAAUACGUAUUACCUGUACUCUAAAUAAAAAAAAUAUAGUAAAUCGAUGAAAGUACUAAGCAACCUAAUACUCGUAGUAACAAAAGAACGAGUACUAUUUGUAAUUGUGCAAUAAAUACGAUAUUCAAUAGUUGUAGUUAUGUAUGUAUGUAAGUAAUUGCAGUAAAACGUUUAUCAUUAACAAUAAUUAGCGGUAACAUUGCAUAACGAACAUAAAACGUAACAAGCGCCUAGCAAAAUAUAUAAAAAAAAGUAACAUAUUAAUGUACGUAUAUAUGUACAAAUGUGCAUAAACUAUGUACAGUGAAGUAACCGCUACACUUUCAAGUUUCAACUACCUAUUUUAUACACUUCCUUUCACAGUGACAUUAAUUUGAAAUUUCAAUUUUCAAAUUCUCAUUAAACGAUGCAAAUAUUAGACGCUGCUUGGUGCUCCUUACCUUUCACACAACCGAUGUGGCAUUGGAUCAGGCACCAGUAAUAAAGGAUUUUUAUUAGAAAUUCAUUAAGACGCAUGAUCUUCGACGUAAAUCUUCGGUUAAAUUUAAGAAUAUUACAUUUUAACAACUUUUACGUAGAUAGUCCACUUUCAUUAAAGGUUAACAAUUGUAAAAUGCAAAUUUUUCCAAGAAGCGAAUAGUAAACGUACAAAACAUAACGUCUGCAUUUAAACACACAAGCACUUUACUCUUAUUGUUUAAAAAACUGAAUACUACACACUUUCAAAGCAAACACGCACAGAUUUUAUUAAACAACUUAAAAAUUUGCAUUAACCGACGCCGAAAUACGAUCAAAAGGAAAUGAUGAAUAUCGCCAAAAUCAGCUGUUGGUUGCAGCAAUGCAUUUGCUGCAUAAAAGCACUCUGUGAGGAUACCGUUAUACACAGGAAGUGCCCAAAUAUGAGACAAUUAAUUUAUUUAGAACGGUUAAAACUUGAAAGUGUAGGGUUUGAGGAAAAUGUUGACAAAAUUUUAUAGCUUUAGCGUAAAAAAUUAUUUAAAAGUUUUGGUGUGUGUUUUUACUUGUAUGGUAGCUUAGUAGAAUUCCGUUAAUAACUAUUAUUGUUGCAAAUAUGGUACAAUGAAAUUUGUAUAAACGAAUGCAAAUAUAAAAAAGUGAAAUUAAAAAAUAAAACUAUGUAAUUACCGGGGUGGCUUAGUAUAUUAUUAUUUUUAAUUUACGAUUAUCUUAAUUCUCUAUAAUUUAAUUUUUAUUCCAUAUUUCGAAAAUUUUGUAACAAUACACAAAUAUGAAAAUAAAAACUUAAUCCACACAUCAUUUGUGAAUAUUUCAAAAGAUAUUUUUUUUUUUUAAUUUUUCAAGUUAAAAUUACUUUAUUUCAUUAUUUUGUAAUUAUUAAGACUUAAAAAUUUUAAAUAUUUUGUAUUUAUUAACAUUAAAAAAUAUAUUUUGGUGUCACUUUGCAAAAAUCAUUUUGAAAAUUAAUAUUUUUUCAAUUAUAUUUUAUUAAGAUUAAAAAUUUUAUAUUAUAUACAAAAUUAUUCCUUGCCACCACCCUGUUUUUAAUUUACUGCUUUCGGUGACGUUUAUUUUAUUAUGCGUUAGCAUUUACACUGGCGGUUUCAAAUUAAAAAGUAUAAAGUAAAACAUUGGACUAUUCGGGCAAAAUUUUGCUCUGUUUAAUUUAAUGAAAAAGACAGGCGAGUUAAUAAAAUAUGCGUAGUGUUUUGUAAACUAUUAGAAUUAAUAAAAAAAAGCAUAAAAAAAUCAAAGAAGAAAUUGCAGAGCAUAGUCGCUGCGAGUGAAUUCGUCGUUGGCCAUGGCUUUAAACAUAUUACAGAAGUUUUUUAAUAAUAAACGUAUUAUACGAACAAACUAAUUGCAUUAUUCACUUCAAAAUUUGCUAGUACUUUAUGUUAAUUUAAUUUUUGGUAAAAAAAAAAAUUAUCACAGCGCUGUUGCUGUCGGCAGAUGUUAAAGAAGUUAGAAGUUGAAAUUUUCCAUUCAAGUUUAUCAAAAAAUUGUGCACAGAUCAUUUAAAUUGCUAAUUUAAUAAAAAAUUAUGAAUCGCGUGUGUUAUAUACACAAAGUGUACAAAAUAAACUCUUUUGAAACGAUUUACUUGACGAAAAUUUGCAAAAAAUCGUAAGUAAAAUCCAAAAGCGGGCAGCGUCGACUGCGCUGCUUGAAGAACUUUAACCAAUUGCCUUGCUUUGAAUGCGCAGUUUUCUUAAUUUAAUAUCAAUUACUAAUUGCUUUUGUUUUAUAUACAAAUUGUGUAAAAAAAUGUUGAAACAAUUAUUUUAAAAAAAUUUGGCACAGAAGAAAAAGGCAACAGAAGCCUACGUCGACUGCGCUGACUGAAGAACAAUAUGCUUGAUGAAAAUUGGCAAAUAAGUAAAAUCCAAGAGUGGCCAGCGUCGACUGCGCUGCUUGUAGCACCUUAACCAAUUAAGCGCUUACCUUAACUUGUUUACACAUGCGUUAAACUGCAUUAACUUAGUUAUUAACAUAUUAAUUAGCGAUAAUUUAACACUUUAUUUAGUUUUAAUCGAGCACUUUAUUAACACACGCGUUGUUUCCGGCGGAACGCGCUUAAAAAAGAAACUAUGAUAAUCAGGCAUGACAAUGCUGACGGCAACAGGUGGUUGCCAGCUUGAUUUUCGUACAAAGCUUUUAAAUUAUUUAGCCACAUCUAUGAUUUAGUGCUAAUUAAAGGUUUAAAUUUUAAUUUAAAGUAAUUAAAUGCAAAAGUUGCAGCAAUAUUAAUGUUAAAUAUUAGUUUCUUAUGCGAUGAGGCCGGAUUUUAGCUAGAGCAUGGCUGCGAACGUAAUUGUAGUAAAUAAAUUACGAAUAUUGUAUAAAAUUAAGCAAAUUAGACAAAUGUUUUUUGCAUGAGAUUGUGCCUGUCACUACUAGGAGUACUUGCAAAAGAGUAUGCAUAAUAUAACAAAAAUUAAAUUAAUAAAAACUUGAAAAAGCGUGACACAAACAGCGUGGACACAAGAAAAUAUGUGUUGUUAAUAUGGAAAAA